CUUGCGUUAUCCAGUUUGCCUUCGUUCGCUCAACAAGUCGCUGCAAGUUCUUGGACGCGGAUUCAAAUAAUUUCUUUGGUGCAGUGCCUUUUUGGCAAAAAAGCAAUCCUGUGUGGCUACUAAAAUAGCCGUGAGUGGUGUAGAAAGGUGUUGGGAGUGGAAAUUUUGGGGGAUUUGAGUGCCAUGUGUGGUGAAAAAAGUGCAAGUUGAGAAAUCAUGGUGUCGCGUCCAUUGGACACUCAAACUUGCUGACGACAAAGUGCCUAAAAGUGUGUUGACUACCGGAAAAUACGUGUGUUCAGGGCCUACUGUGGCCACAGUGAAAAAGUAGAAUAAGUAAAAAAGAAAUAAAACAAGUGUAUAGUGCAUUUACAAUGAGGUGGAGCGCUUUGGGUCUUGUACUGGCCCUCCUGGGAGCCUGUGUAGCUCAGCCAAGUGACAGUUACUAUGGUGAUGAUUACAAUUCGCUGUAUACACCCACGGAUCGGACUCUAGUGCCCGUGGUGGACAACAGAAAGCCAGCAUUCCGGGAUUGCAAGGGAUACGCCCCAUCCGUCAAAGAAGAACAAACCCCAGGCACAUUUGUGUUCAAAGUAGAAGCAGAUGAUCCCGAUGAGGCUGAUACGAUAGAAUAUAGUUUUGUGACUGCAGCCUCGGAGCGCCCCAAAUUCCGCAUUGACGCCAAGACAGGUGUCAUUGUGACGGCAUAUACGUUUGAUCGGGAUGAACCGAUCCGCGAGAAGGAAGUGUAUGUGACUGUGCGGGCGACAGACAAUGGACGUCCACCGCUAGAUGAUGUGUGUACGUUCAAAGUGACCAUUGAGGAUAUCAAUGACAAUCCCCCGGUGUUUGAUAAGGCAAAAUAUGAAGAAAGUAUGAGUGAAGAUACCCAAGUGAAUCGUGUAGUAAUGAGAAUCUCAGCCUCAGACUUUGACGAUGGGGAUAACAGUAUUGUGAAGUAUGAGUUGAUCCCAGACAAGGAUAAUCAGUACUUCAAAAUUGACGAGAAUAACGGGUUAAUCACCCUUGCGAGAUCUAUUGAUAAGAAACCAGGGCAAUACUACACCCUAAAUGUUAGGGCUUACAACAUUAUCAAUGACUCCCCCCAGGAUGCACAAAUUGAGGUGCGUAUCCGAGUUAUUGAAUCCAACAAGAGGCCCCCAACAUUUAUCAAUCCUCCCACUGAGCCAAUUUACCUCAAAGAGAAUUUCAGUGACUACAGCAAGAGUUUGGUAGUCUUAAAGGCACAGUCUAAUGUGCCAGAUAAGCCUGAGGUGAUUUUUGAGUUAAUCACUGGACGCACUGAACAGACAAAUAGCAAGAAGACUUUUGUCUUUACCCAAGGGGAAGAUGAUGUGUCCAUAACACUUGGCAAGGCUCUAGAUUAUGAAGCAAUCACUGAUUAUACUUUAACUAUGAGUGUUAAAAAUACGUAUGAUCUUGUGGCGGAACAUUUGAUUAAAAUUAAAGUUGAGGAUGUUAAUGACAAUAUUCCAUAUUUUACGGAAGUAACAACCGGAACAAUUUCGGAGAAUGAACCUCCGGGUACACCGGUGAUGCAGGUCAGGGCUUUCGAUAUGGAUGGUACAGCGGCAAAUAAUAUAGUGUCAUUUGAAUUGGCAGACAAUAUGGAUAUUUUUACCAUUGAUUCAAAUACGGGAAAUAUUACGGCACUAACGACAUUUGAUAGGGAAGAAAGGGAUUUUUACAAUGUCAAGGUGAUUGCCACAGAUAAUUCACCAUCGAGUUUGUACAAUACGGGGCAGCAUAAUAUGGGCCAACAGGUGUUUCGUAUUGAGAUUGCCGACAAGAAUGACCAUCGACCACAUUUUACCCGUGAUGAAUACAUUUCCGAUAAAGUGGCUGAAGAUGCAAAUAUCAAUUUUCUGGUAAUUGAAGUGACGGCUGAAGAUGCAGAUGCUGCAUCGCAGAUCACGUAUACAAUUGUUAGUGGAAAUACAGGGGAGGCAUUUAAAAUUGAUCCAUCUACGGGGAAGAUAACGGUUAACAAUACACUCGAUUAUGAGAAUAUAACAGAAUAUUCACUGAGGAUUAGGGCUUUUGAUGGGGUUUAUGAGGAUAAUGCCAUUGUGACAAUUAAAAUUGAGAAUGUUAAUGACAAUCCUCCAAAAUUCUUGAAAGAUAACUAUAGAACGACCAUUCCUGAGGAGAUUAUUGUUGAGGGAUGCAUUUUGAAUAUUGAAGCUUACGAUCCGGAUAUCAAGGAUCGAAAUAGCCAGCAAUUUAUUAAAUACUUCAUUGUGAAGGGUGAACAGCAGCAUUUGCUGGCAAUCGACAAUGAUGGUUGCCUGAGACUCAUCCAACCACUUGAUCGCGAUGAGCCAAAUGGUCACAAAAAUUGGCAGGUGAUUGUGGCGGCUGUCGAUGAAAAUGGGAGUGGUUUGCGUUCAGUGACGGAUGUUACAAUAACCCUCACAGAUAUUAAUGACAAUGCACCAUUUCUCAAUGUUAAAAUGCCAGUUAUUUGGCCAGAAAAUCGUCAACCGGGAAAUAUUGUCACAUUAAUGGCCAAGGAUUACGAUGAAACACACAAUGGACCACCAUUUCACUAUGAAAUUGAUCCAAAUGCCCCAGAGGGUAUUAAGAUAAAAUUUGGCAUUUCUGGUGAUAUUCUUAUAGCAAUGGAUAUUUUUGAUAGGGAAGAACAGAAAGAAUACUACAUUCCAAUUAUGAUUAGUGAUUCUGGUCAACCGACAAUGCGCAAUGUUAGCAUUUUACAUGUGGUAAUUGGUGAUGAAAAUGAUAAUCCCAUGAAAGAGGGUAGUAGUUCAAUUUUUGUGUAUAAUUACAAAGGAGAAUCACCAGAUACGGAAAUUGGUAGAGUUUAUGUCGAUGAUCCAGAUGAUUGGGAUCUUCCUGAUAAAUAUUUCACAUGGAAGGAUGGUGUUAAACCGGAUAAAUUUUCCCUCAAUGCAAACACCGGAAUGAUUACUAUGAAAGAGGGUACAAGAGAGGGAGAUUAUAGACUCUUUUUUACUGUCACAGAAGAAUCACGAAAUAUUCCAAGACAUUCAGUUACAGCUGAAGUUACAGUGACUGUCAGGGAGAUUCCUGAGGAAGCUGUUGAUAAGAGUGGUUCAAUAAGAUUUUAUGGAGUGACAGCUGAAGAAUUUAUCGUUCAGCCAACAGAUGGUAGUGCUGGAGGGAAGAGUCACAAAGAUCGUUUUAGGGAUGCACUGGCAAGAACUCUCAAUGUCUCAAAGGAGAAUGUAGAUGUUUUUACAGUGUUAAAGCAUGAUUACAAUGCAUCUUACCUCGAUGUGAGGUAUUCAGCUCAUGGUAGUCCAUACUAUGCUCCUGAGAAACUAAAUGGUUUGGUUGGUCAGAAUCAGGAGAAACUUGAGGAGGAAUUGGGAUUAAAAAUGUUUAUGAUUAAUAUCGAUGAGUGUUUGAUUGAGAAAAAUAAGUGUGAAGCAUCAUGCACGAAUAUUCUACAUAAAUCCAAUGUUCCACUCUUGGUUUACACCAAUCAGACAUCCUUCGUGGGGGUCAAUGCCUUCAUUCAGGCAGAAUGUAUUUGUCGAAUGCCACCUCCCGUUUACUGCCUCAAUGGUGGUACUCCAUUUGAUGACACCUGCGAGUGUCCGGAGGGCUAUGAAGGGCCAAAUUGUGAGGUAAUUGCUAUUGGAUUUCAUGGCAAUGGAUAUGCAAUGUAUCCACCAAUUAAUCCCUGCGAUACCACAAAUAUUUCCCUGGAAUUGUCCCCACACAGAGAAGAUGGAUUGGUACUCUAUGUUGGACCAUUGAAUUACAACAAACUCCUGCCAAUUCAAGAUUUCCUAGCACUAGAACUUGUUCGAGGAUAUCCAACAUUAAUUGUUGACUAUGGCUCAGGGAGUAUAAGAAUUGAGCAUAAACACAUUCAGCUGAAACCAGGAAAGAGUUACACGAUAGAUAUUAAUAUGCAGCAGACGAGUAUUGAGAUGACUGUGGACAAUUGUCGAUUGUCAACGUGUAUGAGCUUAGGAGCUCCUCAAGGGCCCAAUGAAUUUCUCAAUGUCAAUGCUCCUCUGCAAUUGGGAGGAAUUGCUGUUAAUCUAGAGUACUUAGCCUCACAAUUUCGAUGGCAGCAUGUACCCCAAAGUCUUGGGUAUUCGGGCUGUGUGAGGAAUCUCACGAUUGACGGAAAAACCUACAAUAUUGGUUCACCGAGUAUUUCAAAAGAUGUCGAUAUUGGCUGUCAAAGAUCAAUGGCAGUAGCUGUGGCAUUUGGAAUAGAUACAAAUUUCCUAAUAGCCAUUCUUGUGUGUAUUGCCGUCCUCCUGUUCCUCAUCCUAGCUGUGGUUGUGCACAAGAGGCAUCAGGAUGGAUGGCAUGAAAAGGACAUGGAUGACAUCAGAGAGACAAUUAUCAACUAUGAAGAUGAGGGUGGUGGUGAAAGAGAUACAGAUUAUGAUUUAAAUGUAUUCAGAGUGCCACAAAUCUAUGAGGAUAAGCCGUACAAGGAGAGUUUGCAGCAGAGGGAGGCUCUGAAUGAGGUGCCAGACAUUGGGGGCUUUCUGGUGGAUAAGAAGGAUUCAUGUGACAAGGACAAUGAUGCCCAUCCAGUGGAUGAUGUCAGAUAUUAUGCCUACGAAGGUGAUGGAAAUUCCACAGGAUCUCUGUCGAGUUUGGCUUCGUGUACAGACGAUGGUGAUCUUAAAUUUGACUAUUUGAGUAACUUUGGACCAAGAUUCAGGAAGCUGGCUGACAUGUACGGGGAAGAACCCUCAGACACGGACUCCAAUGGUGACGCAGAAGAGGGAUGGCGAAUAUAGAAGAACAAAGUGACAAACUAAGAUAAAAAAAAGUGGAGAUAUAAAUUUUAUGCACUGCUGAGAAGCAAUUCUGUUGAUUGUGAAUGAGUGACAGUAGAAAAGAAAAGUGAAUUGCUGCGACAUCGUAAAUAAUACGACAAAAAAGGAGAAGAUGAAAAAAAAAAACAUUGUGAGAAAAAUGUAAUGAAUAUAAUAUAGUGGUUAAGACUGAUUUGUGAUUAAUAUUAAGUGAACGCAAAAGUAUAAAGAAAAAUUAUGGAAAGAUUAUGAUGAGAUGGGGUAGAAGAGAGAGAGUGAAAGAGGGAAUCCUAAAGAGGAUGUUUACAUUACUUGAAGGCAUGUUGCAUAUUUUUGUGGCUGUGCUACUUGAGGGUUUUUUCCAGUAAAAUCGGAUAAGAAACUCAAAAAAAGCCAAGUGCGAAUAAAUCAAAAUAUUCAUGUAAUAUUAGAAGAAAAAGAAAAAACAACAGAAAAUCAAGGAAAAAAGUUUACAUUAUAAGUGUUUAUGAAGUAAGUUUACUAAUGACAUGUAAGAAAUCCUAAUUCUAAGAGAUAGUGUAACAUUUUAGGAUUUUGAUAGGGUUUUAGAGUGGUAAUAGAAGAUGAUAGAGAAAAACUGCCUUGAUAGUGAAAUAUAAGAAUUAUUAGGUAAUUUUUUUUAUUGAAAUGACAAUGAAGAGCAAUUGUGUAGGCGAGAAAAAAGUGUCAGAAAAUUCCAAAUGAAAUCAUUUUUGAAAAUUAUAAACAUUUAAAAAAAAUCGAACAUAAUAGAAUACUGAAGAAAAAUGUGCCUGAAAUAUAAAAUUUCUAGAAUAUGUGUAUAGAUAUUAAGUGAAUGAUAAAACAAUGUAAAAUGAAAGAGAAAAAAAAAAACAAAAUUUGCAAUUAAAUUUGGCAAAAAUGAAGUUAGUGAAAUUUUUCGAUGUGAAUCAUGAAAUUUGAAAUCAUUCCAUUUUUUUUAAGUAAUUACUGAAAGUAAAUAAAAAAAAGAGAAUACUAGGAAAAAAGAAGAACGUUAUAUUUAUUGUGCAGAGCGAGUGAAAAGAAAGUGAGUGAUAAGAUGAUGUAAUUGAUAUAAGAGAAUUUGCAGAUUUCCUUGCAAAAUCAAAAGAGAAAAUCUAUUUUGUCUCAUUAACACAAUUUUUUUAUAUAUACAUAUUUUACAUUUAAAAGAUCUUUUUUUUUCUAUUCUCCAAUAAAGAUAUUUCAAUGAAAAGGAAA